AUGCUACGAUAUAGUGAUAGAUUCAUGCGUACAUUUCAGAUGCGUGACCAAUAUAAGAUCAAGUAUGAAAAGGACAUUGCCUCUGCUUUGGAUGGGAAAUUAGGUGGAAACCUCGAAAAGACUAUGCUUGCUCUUAUGGAUACUCCUCUUGAAUAUGAUGUCAAGCAGCUAAAACAAGCUAUGCAGGGACUUGGCACUGCUGCAGUGACAUUGAUCGAGAUUCUCUGCUCUCGCACUCCUGACCAACUUGCUGCGAUUCGGAACGAUUAUGAGGAACAAUACGGUGUAUCGCUGGAGAAGGAUAUAAGAGACAAUCCAUCUGGAGAGUUCAAAGAUCUCUUCGUUGCGCUUGUCACUGGGAGCAAGGACAGCAGCGAUGAAGUCGAUGAACAGCAGGCUAAAGAUGAUGCUGUCCGACUUUACGCCGAUGGUAAGGCAAUGUUGGUUAGCAAAGGUGCACCAUCACACUUUUUGAACAUCCUUGCCUCCCAGAAUGCAUAUCAACUGAGGAAGGUGUUUGAGAAUUUCGCUGAUCUUUCUGGCACCACCAUCGAGAUGGCAAUUGAAAAAGAGUUCAAAGGUGAUUUGCAAAAAAGCUUCCUCAUCAUUGUUAAAGCGGCCACCGACAUGCAGAAAUUCUUUGCCGAGCAGCUUUACUAUUCCAUGAAGGGUUUGGGAACGCGAGAUAAUGAUUUGAUCCGUGUGCUGGUCAGUCGCUCAGAAGUUGAUCUUGAUCUUAUCAAAAAUGAGUUCGAGAUGAUGUACAACACUUCACUUAUUGAAAUGAUUAAGGUAGGUUUGGAAGAUGUUUUUUCCUUGAAAAAAACUUGUCCCGAUCCUAAGCAGAGUCAAGCUUGAGG